AUCACCUAUGGUUAGCUUUUGUCAAAAGACCAAAUGAGGUUUGACAAAGAGUCCUUCUCAUCCUUUUCCUCCUUUUUCAUUUCUAAAGGUUUAUUUGACACUCACACAAAGAAGAUCACGAAGCUUUUUCAAUUCUCUUGCUACCAAAUAGAAAAGACUAAACACCAAGAAUUUCAGAUAUUGCAUCAAAUCUUGUUAGCCUUCAAGCCAACCUCACUGUUAUGGAAACUCAUCAGCACCAAAAGAACACAGAAAACGAUGUGCCAAAGCAACAAAUUGAAGCAGCAGCAGCACAAUUAUCAUCAUGGCAACAACAAGAUAGAGAAGACGAAGCUUCGUCAUCACCACAGUCUUCAACACCCUCUUCCCCUUCUCAAGAGUUCUCCUUCACAAUCUCCCUCCACCACCCCACAUUCCCUCAAGAUAAUAAUAACUCCAAAGCUCAACCAUCUUCCAUUGCUCUUGAUUUAUCUCCUGCUGAUGACAUUUUCUUCCAUGGUCACUUGCUCCCUCUGCACCUCCUUUCACACCUCCCUUCUUCACCUCGCUCUUCAACCAAUUCCAUGGACAGCUUCACCCUCCCCAUCAGAGACUUAUUAGAGCAUGAAAACCACUCCAUCAUUAAGGAUACUACCACCAACAGCACCACCUCCUCAGACAGCAACAGCAGCAGAAGCACCAUACCAGACCAACACGACAACAUGGAAAAAAAAAAGGUACAAGGUAAGUCCAAGUUUACAUUUUCAUUAUUUGGAUUGGUCAAGGGGCACAAAGGGUGCCGAGAUAGCAAGGAAGAUAAAGCGAAGUACAAGAAGAAGGUAAGGUUUGAUGUGAUCCAUGCAAUGAAAAAGUACUUGAGAAUGGUUCAGCCUAAGAUGCUUUUCAAAGGGCAAAGAGAGAAGAUUAGACCCAGUUGUGGACAGAGUUAUUCUUAUUCAGGAAAUGUAACUCCAACAAAUUAUAAGCAGAGUUGGAGAGAACAGUAUUCAGCACCGGCAUCAAUGAGGACUUCUCCAACAAAUAGUGGUCUCUUGAUUGCAACCACACCUCUCCCUUCUUCUGCUAGAGACAGUACCAUGGAAGAGUUGCAGGCAGCCAUUCAAGCUGCUAUUGCUCACUGCAAAAAUUCAAUUGCAACAGAAGAAAAACUCAAAUGCUGAAUCUUUUUGCUGUUUUCUCAGUGAGACACAAUCUGUUCAAGACAUUUCAGACACAGACACUUCUCUCAAUGAACCACGACUCAUAACAUGGUGAAAGACCAGCCACUCAAAUUACCUUAGUUAAAAUAUGAGUUGAAUCAUUGAUACGAGAGAAUUUUUCUUAUUUUUCUUUCCCAAAAAAGUGUUAUUUCCUAGCAUUGGUUUUGUAUGUGAUAUUUAAAUAAUAGUGUACAUAAAAAAAUGUAGCAUAAUAAUGCAGUGGGGAGAAAACCAGUAUCUCAAAUUAUUUGAUUAAGUUAUAGAAUAUAGAUCAAGCUGUA